CACACACAAAAACACACUCGGAAUCGUAUUCGACUUGCACUCUCCUCUCGCUUUCCCUUCAACCACGUAUUCCAGUUGAAGUGAAGAAGAUGCAGCUAGAAGUUCUGGAUUACAUUUUGGUACCGGCAGGCCUCCUACUGAUGGUGACUUACCAUCUAUGGCUUCUAUGCCGAAUCGUUAAGCAACCCAACGAGACCGUCAUCGGCAUCAAUUCCAUCAAUCGCCGCUUCUGGGUCCAAGCCAUGAUGGAGGAUGCUCCAAAGAAUGGUGUUCUUCCGGUGCAGACUCUUCGAAACAACAUAAUGGCAUCGACCCUUUUGGCCUCGACCGCCAUUACGCUCUGCUCUCUCAUUGCCCUCUUGAUGACCAGCGGCACCAAAUACAGAACGACUUUAUUCGUCUUUGGGGACCGAACCGAACUUGCAUUUUCAAUCAAGUUCUUCGCCAUUUUGGUGUGUUUCUUGGUGGCAUUCCUCUUCAACGUACAGUCCAUAAGGUACUACAGCCAUGCCAGCAUGCUCAUCAACGCCCCGUUCAAGAGGAUGAUGUCGCCCCCGCACCACAAGCAGCAGUACCUCACGACAGAGUACGUUGCCACAACCGUGAACCGAGGCAGCUAUUUCUGGUCCUUGGGCCUCCGAGCAUUCUACUUCUCGUUCCCUCUGUUUCUAUGGAUUUUCGGGCCGAUUCCUAUGUUCUUAUCGUGCAUUGUUUUGGUGAUCAUGCUGUAUUUUCUGGAUGUCACCUUUCAGUUCAAUUGGAUUGUUGCGGUUGCUGGGGAUGAAGACCCGAUUCUCAUUAAGGGUGAUGAGGAGCAAGGCUUGUUCAAUGCACCGGGGAUGACACAUUGUGACGGUACCUCAAGCGAAGUGUGUGGGAAACAGUGUGACAGUGUGUGACUGAUUUAGGAUACCGUCAUUCUCAGUGGAUGGAUUGGCAAUUUAAUUUGCAGAAAAUAGAAUGGUUGCAAAAACUAGGGAGCGUUUCAGAUUCAAUAAAGUUUAAUUCAACUGCCGUUAAAUAAGUUGAUGUAUCAUAGCAUUACAUAUUUGGAAUACUUGGGGUCUGUUUUCAUAUCCUUAUAAAGUUAUAAACUAUAAUGUUCAGUUUGAGG